UUGGCUCAGUGGCAAUUCAUCGAGGGGCCUAAUCGCGUUAAAAAAAAAUUAAAAAAGGUUAAUAAAAUGCAACGAAUAAGAAUGAAAGCCACUGGUACAAUUUUUUUCAUUUCGUGUGUGGUUAUGGCGAAUCUUCAAAAUGCAGAGAGUAAAAAAUUGUCCUUUGACGAAAUAAGGAAGGCUCUGCAGCCGGUGAAGAAGCAUUGUCUUGACAGGGUGGGCACGGAUCCAAAGUUGCCCGAUAAUGCAGUCAAAGGUAAUUUCGUAUCUGAUCGAAAAUUGCAAUGUUACUACAAAUGUAUGAUGCUGAAUACAAAAGUAAUGAAGAAUGACAAGAUAAUUGAAAAAGCUCUCUCAAAAAUAGCGGAACAUAUGUUACAGGAGGACUCUGUAUCACUUGUUUUAAAAGCGAUGGAAAAAUGUCAUUCAAUUGCAAUGAAAUCGAUGGAUGGAUGUCAGUUAGCAUAUGACUAUACCAAAUGCAUCUACGAUUAUAAUUCAAUGCUACUCAUUUACCCAUGAAGAUAUCUCUUUUAAUGGAUCUUUUAUUUGGAUAAUUAUGAAAGUGAUUUUAGCCACAUCUUACAUAAGACCUGUAGGAGCAUAAUAUGACCACACAUUAUGUAUCGAAUUAUGAAAAUCGAAACUACGCCAAAUAUAUAAAAUACA